UGAUGUUGGAUUUUCGGUAACCAACAAAAAAUGGAACAAUCUAGAACCGCAGAGUGUGCCUUAGGUUUCUCUUUCCAUCGCGCCCCCUGCAGGUUGCUAACUCAUGGCCGACGCAGUAGUCCACGAAGCCCCAAACGGGCUUGAUGUGUCGAACUUUUUCGAAUUGGUUUCCACUGAUGACAAUCUACAAAAUAUGGAUGCUUGCUUUACCGCUUUCGACAAAGAUAAUGAUGGUCGAUUAAGCUUGGAUGAGUUUGGUCUUAUAUGCCGAGCCUUGUUCCGGAACGAACGUGGCCAAGUAUACCAUGUGAAACCAGAACAACUGCAGCAGAUGUUUGCAGUUUUUGACUCUAAUGGUGAUGGAUUUCUGGAUAAAACAGAAUUCCAGUUCUGCUGGAAUCAUUGGAUCAAAGUGAUUGUUCGCCCAGUGAGUGUUUUUCUAGUGGUAGAUGUUCAGAACGAUUUUAUCUCUGGAACAUUGAAUAUUAGCAAUUGCAGUGCUCAACAAAAUGGUCAUGAGGUGAUCGAACCUAUUAAUAAGUUAUUGGAUUCUGUUGAAUUUGAUGCAGUAGUUUACUCUUUAGAUUGGCAUCCUAGUGAUCAUGUCUCUUUUAUUGAUAAUUUGCCUCAGAGAGAACUUCAUGAUUCCAGUCCAGUCUCAGUUGAACAAGCACAGGUAUAUGACACUGUGGUUUUUGCUGGUCCACCUCCAAUGAAACAAAGAUUAUGGCCAAGACAUUGUGUCCAGGACUCGUGGGGUUCUGAACUACAUGAGGAUUUAAAAGUAGUAGAAAAUGCAGUGAAAGUGUACAAAGGAACAAAUCCAGAAGUAGAUUCGUACUCAGUUUUUUGGGACAAUAAACGUAUGGCGCAUACAACUUUAUGCGCUGAAUUAAGAGCUCGGUCCGCCACUGAUCUUUAUGUGUGUGGUUUGGCUUAUGAUGUCUGUGUUGGGGCAACUGCAGCUGAUGCUAUAUCCGUUGGCUACAGAACUAUAAUUGUAGAAGAUUGUUGUCGUGGUGUGGAUUUAGCUGAUAUUGAAAAAACUCGUAGAACAAUAAUAAAUGGUCACGGUGUUAUAGUAUCAUCAUCACAAGUGAAGGCAAUGGUGGAUGGACGUGAUAGGAGGCCUGAAUUAGGUUUCAAAUUGGCAAUGGAAUUGAAGUCUACAGUUGCUGAUAAUUUAAGCAAAGAAAAGGAUGAAAAAGAUGUCAUUUAA